ACACCGGCUCCAGCCUAUCUUAGGCGGGAACCGGCGCCCUCGGACCAAUCACAGCAGCGGAGGGGCGUGGCCAAGGAACGCGUGGGAGAAGAUGGCGGACGACGGCGCGGCGAAGCGCCCCAAAGGCGUGCAGGUUGAGGACAGGAAGGUGAACUGGCGGCGCUGGAAGCAAGAGAGGAAAGCAGAGAAGAAGAAAUGGAAGGAGCUGAACCUGCUGAAGAAGCUGGAAAAGCAGCGGGUGCGGGAGCUGGCGGAGAAACAGGCGAAGGAGGAGGAGGAGGAACAGCAGCAACAGCAGGAGGACAGAGGGCGGCACUACACGCUGAGCGUGGCCCUGCCGGGCUCCAUCCUGAACAACGCGCAGUCGCUGGAGCUGCGGACGUACCUGGCCGGGCAGAUCGCUCGAGCGUGUGCCAUCUUCUGCGUGGAUGAGAUCGUGGUGUUCGACGAGCAUGGAGAAGAUGCCAAGAGCGUGGAAGGGGAAUUUGAAGGAAUUGGGAAGAGAGGCAAGGCUUGUGUGCAGCUGGCUCGGAUCCUGCAGUACUUGGAGUGCCCUCAGUAUUUGAGGAAAUCAUUUUUUCCAAAACAUGGGGAUCUGCAGUUUGCAGGGCUCCUCAACCCACUGGACAGCCCCCACCACAUGCGGGUGGAUGAGGAUUCAGAGUACCGAGAAGGUGUGGUGUUAGACCGGCCAAGUAAGCCAGGCAGAGGCUCGUUUGUCAACUGUGGGAUGAAGAAGGAGGUACAGAUUGACAAACAGCUGAAGCCCGGUCUGCGCGUCACUGUGCGCCUGCAGGAACCACAGAACCCAGAAACCAAAGUACGGAAAGGCACCGUGGUGUCCUCACACCACCCUCGCACGGUGUCUGGGUUGUACUGGGGUUACAGCGUCCGCCUUGCCUCCUGCCUGAGUGCUGUCUUUUCAGAAUGUCCAUUCAAGGAAGGUUAUGAUCUCUCUAUUGGGACCUCAGAGCGGGGUAACUCUGUGGACCAGGUCACCCUCCCCUCCUUUAGGCACAUCCUUGUUGUAUUUGGAGGUCUUCAGGGCUUGGAAGCUGGGGUUGAUGCAGAUUCAAACCUGGAGGUCACCGACCCGAGCGUUUUGUUUGACUUCUACCUGAACACCUGUCCCAGCCAGGGCAGCCGAACCAUCCGAACAGAGGAAGCAUUGCUGAUCUCUCUGUCGGCGCUGAGACCUCACAUUGAUGAGGCUGUGAAGACUCCCACUGACAAAUCAGAAAAGGAAAACCACUGACCCUGUCCUCCACUUUGGACUACCUUGGGAGUAGCCUGUUGCUGUUCAGACACAGAGAAUCACUCCAGGAACCCAGCAGGGCCAGCCUUUGGGAAGCUGAAGAUGCAAAGUAACUAAAGUUGGCACCACUGCUCAACCAAGUCUCCAGCAUCUCUUGACCAUUCUGCUGCAACAUCCAACCAAAAGCUGGUCAGCAAACUGUCUGUCAGCAAUUCAGAUGUCUUGGGUAGAGAAUAAAACAGUACCAAACCUCCGCUUCCUCGAAAGUCCACCUAUGAGCACUUUGUGUUGGAGGUGAGCAGUCAGCAUCCAGGUAGCUUGCGUUCCGAGCGCCCCUGCAGCAGCAAUGUAGCCCUCAAGCUUCAAAAGUAGUAAUUUAAUCCUUGUGUCAAGCACGUGUUCCUGUCGCACAGUUAGUCUGACUCCAGCUCCCCCUCAACUCAAAGGCUUCAUCCUUCCCAAGGGCAGGAAGGGCUGGAGCUGCUGCCUUUAUCUCAGCAGGAAGGGGGAAGGACAUUCAGAGACUUUGGUAAGAGCAGAUAAGAAAACGACCAAUCCUUUGUGUUUUCAAAGCUUUACUGCUAAAACCAUUUUGUGAAAAUUAUAAGCAGAAAUGCAAGAA